AUGGUUGCAGGAACUGAAAGAACAGUAUCUCUUACUGGCAGUGACCGUAGUAGAUAUCAAGAUAAUUCAACUCAAAGGCUUGCUCUUUACAACCCACAAGGAAAGGUAACCGAAAUGUAUCUCUCUUUAGUUUUCCUCACAGGAGAAAAAGCCAAUUCAGUAUUAAAACGCUAUCGAAGAGCUAAUAGACUUUUUGAAGAAAUAAGACAGGGCAACAUUGAGCGUGAGUGCAAAGAAGAAGUCUGCACAUUUGAGGAAGCCAGAGAAGCUUUUGAAAAUAAUGAAAAAACUAAGGAGUUUUGGAGCACCUACACAAAAGCACAGCAAGGAGAGAGUAGCAGAGGAAGUGACUGGUUUCAAUUUUACCUUACCUUUCCACUAAUCUUUGGUCUCUUCAUUAUCCUCCUUGUUGUUUUCCUAAUCUGGAGAUGCUUCCUAAAAAACAAAACUCGGAGACAAACAGUGACCGAAGGCCACAUCCCUUUUCCUCAGCACCUCAAUAUUAUCACUCCACCUCCCCCACCAGAUGAAGUGUUUGACAGCAGUGGAUUGUCUCCAGGCUUUCUAGAAUAUGUGGUUGGUCGUUCAGAUUCCGUCUCCACUCGCCUGUCCAACUGUGAUCCCCCACCUACCUAUGAAGAAGCGACUGGCCAGACGAACCUGCGGAGAAGUGAAACAGAACCUCAUUUAGACCCACCCCCGGAGUAUGAGGACAUAGUCAACUCCACCUCAGCCAGUGCCAUUGCUAUGGUGCCUGUGGUCAACACCAUCAAAUGAAGCUACAAAUUUCUUUGUACUCUGUUUUUAAAUUACUAAUGAAAGGACUUUCUAGCACUUUACCACUACAUAAACAUGCAUUGAGUUAUUUCAUUGGAUUCCUACAGCAUACCACUUCAUACUUUCUAGUUUGAUUUUCUUUAGUUCUGUUUCCCAUUAAAAAUCAUUAUCCACUCAUUUUUGCCAAAGGAAACAUGUGGAGAGGGAAAAACACACCAACAAGGGGGGGGGGAGUCAUCAUGUGCUGUGAUGAUGAGAUACAUGUAUCUCUC